AUGAGUGCUCAGCCCGACAACGCCGCUCCGGUCUCCAAGGAGGCCACUGAGACACCCAAGGAGAGUGCCCCCGCGCUUCCGGCCGAAGCCAAACCCUUUGGCGAGAGCUUCGAGAAGACCGUUGCCGAAGGAGUUGCCAAGCUGAAGGAAGAGCCUGAGCACAUUACCCACGAAGAUGCUGCCCGCGUCCAGAGCGCCGAGCACAAGGUCUUGGGUUUCCGCCCUCCCCCUGGCAGCGCCGCUGCUCAGGUUCAGUCGAUGAGCGACAACACCGACAAUCUUCGCAAGGUAACUGAGGCCGCUCAGAAGAAGUUCGAAGAUGAUCCAGCCAGCGUCACUCCUGAAGACAUCAAGAGAGUCUUGAGCGCGGAGCGCAAGGUCUACGGUGGCACGCUGCCUAAGGGUAGCAUUCCUGCUGCCACGCUGCCCACUGUUGACACGAAGGACCAAGAGAGUUCUGCGACCGAGAAGCCGGCUCUUGUUGUUCGUGGUCGUCGUCAGAGCAUCGUCGCCGCUGAGCAGUCUCCUGCCGCUCGUGAGCACGUCUACCAGGCCGUCGCUGAGGAGAUGAAGGACAAGCUUGAGAAGCACCCAGAGGACAUCACUAAGGAAGAUGCAUCCCUGAUGCGUCGUGUCGAUACUCGCGCCCAUGGUGCCACGGAGAAGGGCAGCAUUACUGCUCAGGUCCAACGCGAGGCUGCUAAGCACGAGGAUGCUAAGCACGAGGAUGCUAAGCACGAGGAUGUUGCUAAGCCUGUCGAGAUCAAGGAGGAUAAGGUGUGCGAGGAGACUGCGGUUGCCGGUGAUGCGGAGCCUUGUGCCCCGGCUGAGACGGCUGUCAAGGCGGAGAAAGCGGCAGAGACGGACCGCUCCGCUGAUGGUGCUUAG